AUGACCAACUUUUCCUACAUCUGCAUUGUGAGGAUCAGCGUCUGUGUGUACCUCCUCUCUGCAGAACCUGAGAUCAGUGUAUCUGGCCCAGUGGGUUCUACAGCUGUCCUGCCGUGUCAACUGACGAGUGGAGACACUGACAGACUGUAUAUUGGAUGGAACACUGAAUCUGAGAUUGUGUUUGAGCGACUGGGUGAGAGGUCGUAUCAGGGUGAGGGAUAUGAGGGUCGUGUGGACGUUCCUGUGGAGGAGCUGCGUAAGGGGAACUGUUCACUGGUGUUACACAAUCUGACAUUUACUGAUACAGGAGUCUACACCAGCUACCAGACAGUGAGACGCACCAAGAGAUCUGUGAACUUCAAAGUGGUCUUGAUCAGCCGUGUUAAACUCUCAGUCCAUGUUUCCCGUGGUGAAGACACACCCAGAGGUCUCUCAUCAGCUCCAACAGUAAUGAAGAGUCCUCACCCACUGGUCCUGGUCCUGUCCCUCGUCUCAUGUUUACUCGUCCAGCUCUUCUGUGGAGAAACAUGAGUGUGACCUACAGCUGUGUACAGGACUGUGUGUUUCAAUCACACACAGUAAACUACACACUGCAGCUUUUACACACUUUCCUGUCAGAACUCAGCAUUAGUGAGACUGGACUUUCUUCCAGAACUGAACUUGAACAGGAUUUUGUUCUGGAGGAACCAGUUUGUUCUUCUCACAGCGUAGUGUAUCAAAUGAUCCAAACAUCUGCACUUUACUCUGAGUUAAGCUGGUCUUACACUGCACAGUUACAGCAGCUCUUUAUUAUCAUUACUGAUCACAUUAUACGAGACGAUCUCAAGGACUUUUGAUUGUCUGUUUGAUUAAACAACCUCACCUCCUCCAGUCUCACCCUCAGCACUGGAGUUCCUCAGGGGUGUGUGUUGUCCCCUCUCUUAUACUCCCUUUUCACCUAUGACUGCGUACCUGCCUCUACCUCAAACAGCAUUAUCCAGUUCACAGAUGACACCACGGUGGUGGACCUGAUCAGAGGUAACGAUAAGACGCUUACAGGGAGGAGAUCCAGCACCUAGUAACAUGGUGUGAGGACAAUAACCUGGAGCUCAACACCAAGACGAUGAAGGAGGUCAUUGUGGAUUUCAGACGAGCUGUCAAUCACAUUCACAUUAACAGAGCUGUUGUUGAGUGUGUACCCAGAUUUAUCUCUGAGGGCCUCAUCUGGUGUUAACUAAUACACCACUGCACUCUCACUGUCUGUCUGUAUUACACUGCUUCAUCCACUCUGAAUCUUUAUACAAUCAGUAACUUAUGUUUAUUAUUGCACUGUAUAUUCCACUCAUAUUUAUUCUGUAUAUAUUGUAUCAUACACAUGUACAUAUAUGGAUGUCUGUAUCAUGUUUAUUUGAGCAUGUUAUCUUCCUGACAUGUUAUACUGUAUAUUACUAUAUACACCAUAUACUUAUUACUUAC